GCACUCUCAGAGCCAGACUCUAACUACAAUCUUCUCUCCUUUAAACAAAACAGUUUCAUCAGUUGGUUACAGAAUACGAGGUGGAUCAGCACUGGAUGAUGGCGUCUGUUUCAGAGCUGCUAAAAGACUCACUGAAUGAGCUGAUAAAAGACCAACUCAAAGAGUUUCGGUGGGAACUGAAGAGUCAUUAUGGUAUUUCAGCUUCUGAACUGGAGAAUGCAGAUGUCUUGGAUACAGUAGAUAAGAUAGUGGAGUAUCAUGGACCAGAAGAAGCUGUGAAGGUCACGCUUAACAUCCUGAGGAAAAUGAACCAGAACCAUCUGGCUGAACUGCUAGAGAACAAACACAAAGAAGGUGCAGCUAAAGUUGAGAGUAAAGCUGUCGAGCGUGAUUACAGCGAAUUCAGCAACAGACUGAAGAACCUCUUGAAACAGGAAUAUGAGAGGAUAUUAGACGGUAAUUCAGAGUCCAGCCAUCUGAAAUACCUGAACGAUAUUUAUACUGAUCUCUACAUAGUGGAGAAUGAGACCGGUGGAGCAAUGAGUGAACAUGAAAUGAGAAAUAUUGAAUUAAAUCUAAACAAAACUGUUGCUGAGGAGACACAGAUGAAGUGCAACGACAUAUUUAAAGUCCAGUGUGAUACGGGUCGACGAAACAGAAAAGUGCUGACGAUGGGCAUCGCUGGUGUGGGCAAAACUGUCUCUGUCAAUAAAUUCAUCCUUGACUGGGCUGAAGGUAAAGAAAAUCAGGAAGUCAUCUUUAUUUUUCCUUUUCCCUUCCGUCAGCUGAAUCUGAUUCAAGAGGACUGCAGUUUAAUGGAACUGAUUCAUGAAUACUUUAGUUGUGCUAAACAACUUUCAUCUCUGCCUGAAGAAGAAGGUAAGGUGAUGUUCAUCUUUGAUGGUCUGGACGAGUGUCGCUUCCCUUUGACCUUUAAGAAGAGCGAGAGAUUGACAGAUGUUCAUGAGAAAACAAGAGUUGACGUCAUAGUUAUGAACCUGAUCCAGAAAAAUCUGCUUCCCUCCGCUCUCAUCUGGAUCACCUCCAGACCGGCAGCAGCCCAUCUGAUACCUCGACGCCACAUUCACCAGGUGACAGAGGUACGAGGAUUCAACGAUGAACAGAAGAAGAAAUACUUCACUAAAAACAGCAGUGCAGAUGUGUCAGAGAGAAUCAUCUCACACAUCAAGAGAUCCAGAAGUCUGUACAUCAUGUGUCACAUUCCCGUCUUCUGCUGGAUCUCUCUCAGCGUUCUUCAGCCUCUGCUAGCUCGAGAGACUCUUGACAAAAUUCCCACAACCCUCACAGGGAUGUACGUCUACUUCUUACUUUCACAGAAGGAACAGAUGACAAAGAAAUACAGUGAUGAUCUUCCCAAGUCUUUUGAAGAUGUUGUUCUUAAACUCGGGAAGCUGGCCUUCAUACAACUUCUGAAGGGAAAUCUGAUUUUCUACAAAGAAGAUCUUAAGGAAUCUGGGCUGGAUGUCCGUGAAGGUUUGGUUUUCUCUGGGUUAUGCACUCAGAUUUUUCACACAGAAAAGCCUGUUUCUGGGAGAAAGGUCUACAGUUUUGUACAUCUCAGUGUGCAGGAAUUCCUCGCUGCUCUCUAUGUGCUUUUCAUUUACAAAGUCAAAAAAACUAACGUAUUUCCUCUCACUCUGGCAGAAAAACUCAUAUGGAAUUUCAAAAAUUCACUGUUUGACCUUCAUAGGACUGGAAUUAAAAAUGCCCUUCGAAGCAAGAAUGGACAGCUGGAUCUUCUCCUGCGGUUCCUCAUGGGUCUCUCACUGGAGUCAAAUCAGAAUGAGCUGAAAGAUCUUCUGCCCUCACUGAAGAUCACAUCAGAAGACAUGAGACAGACUGCUGAAUAUAUCAAAAUGAUUAUUAAUAAUGUAUAAUCUUCAGAGAAGAGCAUCAAUCUCUUCUACUGUCUGAAUGAUCUGAAUGAUGAUUCACUGAUAACAGAAAUCCAGGCGUAUCUGAAUUCAGGAGAUCUUUCAUCACAAGAUCUCUCUUCUGUUCAGUGGUCUGCUCUGGUGUUUGUGCUGCUGAUGUCUGAAGAGACUCAAGAGAUGUUUGAGCUGCAGAAAUACAGAGGAUCUGAUGAAGCUCUGAUUCGACUUCUGCCAGUGAUCAGAAACACCAGAAGAGCUCUUCUACAGAGCUGUAAUGUGACUGGCAAGUGUUGUGAAAGUUUGUCUUCAUGUCUACAAUCAUCAACGUCUCUGAGAGAGCUGGACCUGAGUAACAAUGAUCUGAAGGAUUCAGGAGUGAAGCUGAUCUCUGAUGCUCUCAAGACUCACAACUGUCAACUACACACACUGAGAUUGUCCGGGUGUAAUGUGACUGAUGAGUGUUGUGAAAGUUUGUCUUCAUGUCUACAAUCAUCGACGUCUCUGAGAGAGCUGGACCUGAGUAACAAUGAUCUGAAGGAUUCAGGAGUGAAGCUGAUCUCUGAUGCUCUCAAGACUCACAACUGUCAGCUACACACACUGAGGUUAUCCGGUUGUAUGGUGACAGAUGAAGGUUGUUGUUAUUUGGCUUCAGCUCUGAGUUCAAACCCUUCACACCUGAGAGAGCUGGAUCUGAGCUACAAUCACCCACAACACUCAGCACUUCAGCUGCUCUCUGAUAGACUCAAUGAUCCAAACUACACACUCAACACACUCAAUUUGGCUCACGAAGGAAGGUUCAGAAUUACAGCAGGACUACACAAGUAUGCCUGUGAUCUCACACUGGAUCCAAACACAGCAAACACUCGCCUCAUACUGUCUGAAAAAAACAAAAAGAUCACACUUGUAGAAGAGCGUCAGUCGUAUCCUGAUCAUCCAGACAGAUUUGAUCAUCGUCCUCAGGUGUUGUGUAGACAGAGUCUGACUGGACGCUGUUACUGGGAGGCUGAAUGGAGCGGAUCAGAUGUUCAUAUAUCAGUGGCAUAUAAAAGCAUCAACAGGAAAGGAUGGGUUGACAGUGAGUUUGGACACAAUGAUAAAUCGUGGAGUCUGCAGUGCUCUGAUAACAGAUUCAUUGCAUGUCACAAAAAUAAUGCUAAGUUCAUAUCCGCUGCUUCACGUAGCUCCAAGAGAGCAGGAGUUUAUGUGGACUGGUCAGCCGGCACUGUGUCAUUCUACAGCGUCUCUGACACACACAAACUCACACACUUACACACAUUCUACACAACAUUCACUGAACCUCUUUAUGCUGGAUUAGGGGGUUUUCAGCUUGGUUCCUCAAUGUCUCUAUGUAAGAUGGGAACAGUUAAGAAACAGCCUGGGAAACAAAUGAAAAGUGCUUUACGUGCUUGAAAUGGUUAACCUCGGGUUAUUCGAAACCCUGGGUAAACAGAAUCCUGGGUUAUCCGUUUCACACUGCUUACAAUUUACCAGGGGUUAAGAGAUAACCUUGGGUAUUCAUAACCUGAUGUUUGGUUAGCCAUCACUAAGCGACUGUGCGCAGCUUGUGAUAUGAGGUAAGAGCUGUUUAGUUUUUGAUUGGGUGUCCGUUGCUAAGCGUCUGGUUGUAUCAUUCCACCCCCGCUUCGUUUCAUACUGUUCAUGCUGGGUUAACCCUGCUUCGCAGCAGGGUCUCAUAACCCUGGGUAAAAUUUGGGAUAACCCCGCAACCAAAUUAUAAGCGCUAACCUGGGGUUUAAAGCGGGGUUUAGAAUGAAGAUAACCCGGGGUUAAUUGCAGUGUGAAAAGCCUUCUUGUGUAUCAAAAUAGUUGCUGUCUGAAACAAAACUUACAGCACAUAUUUGAUCUCAUUUCUCUGGCACGGAUGUAUGCUAAAGCAUUUUGUAAUCUUACUCUUACAAAGCUCAAUCUUUCUUAACUAAAAACUGUGUUUUACUUCAUAAAACAAAGAUUCAUCGGACAGUCUUCACUGAUUUAUUCGGUAACACUUUAGAAUAAUUG